UAAGUGUAUUGCUUUGGUGUUUUUUUUAAUUAUAGUUUAACAAGCGAUGACCGAGUGCAAGAAAAAAUUAUAUCCUGAAUGUGAUGGGAAAAUAUGGUUGCGCACCUGUGAGGAGGAAAUUGAAAAACCCAUUUCUGGACGUGUCACAGGGGAAAUACCUCUUUGGCUCCGCGGUACACUACUGCGCAAUGGGCCUGGUUCUGAAAAGGUAGGCUCAAUGCACUUCGAGCACUUGUUCGACUUCUCUGCGCUUCUACACAGGUUUGCGAUACAAGACGGCCAAGUAACGUAUCAAUGUCGUUUUCUGCGAACAAAUGCGUUUAAGGGAAAUAAGGCAGCGAAUCGUAUUGUGUUCACGGAGUUUGCAACGAAAGCGGUGCCUGAUCCCUGUCAAACGAUUUUUAGCAGGGUGGCUUCACUAUUCAAUCCUGGGGAGUCAUUUUCUGAUAACGCCAUGAUAUCGGUCUACCCUUUUGGAGAUGAAAUAUACGCCUUUACUGAAGUACCUGUGAUCCAUAGAGUUGAUCAGACCACCUUGGACACGACAGAAAGAAAGAAUCUGUACAACAGCAUCGCGAUAGUCAACCAUACUUCACAUCCACAUGUUAUGCCUAACGGCGAUGUUUACAAUUUGGGAAUGGCAGUGCCAAAGGGUCGAUUACGCCACGUCUUGGUUAAAUUUCCAUUUGAUAAAGAAGGUGAUAUGUUUGCUAAAGCAGAAGUUGUGGGUUCCUUCGCAUCACGCUGGUGGCUGCACCCGUCCUACAUGCACUCAUUUGGUAUUACAGAGAAUUACUUCGUUAUAGUGGAACAACCUAUGACUAUUUCACUCAAUAAAAUGGUUAUAAACCAACUGACAAAUCAGCCUAUGGUGUCAAGCUUGCAAUGGUUCGGUGAUUGUGAGACACACAUAGUACUGAUUAGCCGAAACACCGGUGAAGAAGUAAAACGAUUUAGGACGGAAAACCUAUUCUACUUACACGUAAUCAAUUCCUUUGAACACAAUGGAAAAUUGACGAUCGACAUUUGUGCGUAUAAAGAUGCGAAGGCCUUGGAGGGCAUGUAUGUAGAUGCUUUAAAGAGUAUGCAAUAUAAUGCUGACUACGCGGAUUGGUUCCGUGGGAGGCCGAAGAGAUUAGAAAUGGAUUUGUCCUCACCAAAUCUAACGCAAAUAGAACCGAAACUCUUGGCUGAUAUUGGAUGUGAAACACCAAGAAUUAAUUAUGAACUGCAUAAUGGUAAAUUUUAUAGAUAUUUUUAUGCAAUAAGCUCUGAAGUCGACCAUGAACAUCCGGGCUCGUUGGUCAAAGUGGACACGAAGACGGGUGAAUCAAAAAUCUGGUGGGAAGAAGGAUGCUAUUCAAGCGAGCCUAUUUUCGUACCUCGUCCAAACGCUGAGGAUGAAGAUGAUGGUGUACUAGUCAGCGCUCUAGUAUUCAGCAAGGACGAACGCCAGGUGGCUCUGCUAGUCCUGGAUGCGAAAAAUAUGACGGAGAUAGCACGAGCUACCUUCAUCACUCCGUCGCCAGCGCCAAAGUGUCUACAUGGAUGGUUUCUACCUGACAAGUUAAAAUAGCCUAACUCAUCAUCCUUUUGGUUUAUUUAACAUUUUAUAAAUCUUUAUUAGUUUCAUCGAUAAGUUUAUAAUUGAAUUUCCUUACUGAAUGUCCAACUUCUGAAACAGAUGUGGUGCAACAUAUAAAAUCAGUGGCCUAUUUGCAAUAGGUCCCCAUGUGCGACGAUAAGAGCCAAUGAGAUAUAAAUGGGUAUCUAUUUGUUGUAAAUGUUAAGUAUUUAAUGUAAAAUUUAGGUCUUCAAAUGGAAUCAUUUUAUAUUACAUAUGAUAAUAUACCUUUUGCGUUACAAAUUUAUUAUGAUCACACAACACAGAAAGAUCAUGAUGAAAUUUUUUAUAGUAUUAAUAUCGAUAAAGGCCUACGUAUAUCUUGUAUGUAAAGGUAUCCAUUUACUUAAGAAUUAUUUUUCGAUGCGGGAGUCGAACCGAACCUCUCGGAAGUACCCCCCAGCACUUUUACCAACUAAGCCAACAGUCGAAUUUGUAUACUUAUCAAUAAAAUUAAUAAUUAUAAAAUAAAACAAUAUCAAAUAAAAUCAAAAAACAGCGUUAUAGAUCAAAAAUCUUUGUGACCUUUUAAUAGACAAGAUGAUGGACUUUUCAUUUCAGAUAUAGAUGUUGUGUUUUUCCUUUGUUGAUUUGGAUCACCUCCUUCCGCUGAUUUAAGCCGCAAGUUAUCAUCGAUUACUCUCGAAAUUCGAAAUAGUCCUUUAUGAUAGACCAUAAGUUCAGCACUGUACAUAUUAUGUAUAACGUGUAUAAAGAAAAAUAAAAAUGUAUAAAAUUGCA